AUGAAGUUUACAGCUACUCUCCUCACCUUCCUUGGUGCCACUUCUCUGGUCGCCGCCGCCCCUCUCGACAUCUCGUCAUCCAUGCCCGGACCCGAAGGCCUUGCCAAAAGACAAGCAGCCUUCUGUAGUGAAUGGGAAAAGUGGAAGUGCAUCUGGGAUGCCCAUGUCAAAGUCAGGCUGAGCNUCGCCGGACCAAGCGCCAAUGUCACUGAAAUCUACCACGACUGCAUGGACGAGCAUCGCUGCAAGCUCCCUACCUCACUCAAAACCCUCACCACCGAGACUCUUCUCACCAAGAGAUGGCAUCCUCACUGCGGCGCGUGGCAAGCGACUAAAUGCCAGAUCAAGGCCGAUAGAUGGGGAGACCCAAAAGCCGACGUCAAAGAAGAGUGGCGCGCCUGCAUGAUUGACCACAACUGUGCAUGUGCCAUCGACUACCCCUACCAUUGCGACGAGGACAACUCUUAA